AUGUUUUCGAAAUUUAAUUUCAAUCUAUCUAUUCUUUUUUUAACUAUUCUUAUUCGUUCAUCAUAUACAUUUGAUGUUGAAUUAACUGUACUUGUUCCAGCAAGUCAACGUGAAUGUUUUCAUGAAGUAUUAGAAGCUGGAAAAACAGUCGAAAUUGAAUAUGAAGUAUUAGCUGGUGGUGAUGUUGAUAUAAAUUAUUGGUUUUAUUCACCAACAAAUCGUGUUUUACAAUCAGAUUUCAAAAAACGUGAUGGACAUCAAACAUUAAAAUUAGAAGAAUCAGGAGAAUAUAGAUUUUGUUUUGAUAAUUCAAUGUCACGUUUUAAUCAAAAACAAAUUUAUUUCAGUGUAAGACUUCUUAGUGAAGAUGGCCAUGAGGAACCUCAAGUAACACAAUCAUGGAUGGCUACUAUGGAUCGAGAUGAUCUUGGUGAUUUACAAAGUAAAGUUGAACAAAUUAAGGAUACUUUUCAACGUAUUUGGGAUAAUAUGGAAAGUGCUCAACGUUAUCAGAAGACAUUUAGUAAUUAUGAAGUACAUGAUCGUGUUAUAGCAGAGAAUAAUUUCGAACGUGUAAAUUUCUGGUCAAUUAUUCAUAUAGUUCUUAUGAUUACUGUCUCAGUUAUUCAAGUUGUUACUAUUCGUAGUUUAUUUGAAUCGAAAUCGGCAUAUGGCAAAUUAUUACGUGGAAAAAAAUGA